AAUCUGAACCUAUUGAGCACAAACUGAUUAAAGUAAUCGAUUUUAUAUUUGACCAAAAGAUUUUUUUAUUGAAGAAUAAAUCUGUUACAAAUCAAACAUUUGAUAUCAGAUGAUUUAUUCCAUCGGUCUUUUAACUUGAAAAAAAAAUUAAACUAUCAAAUUUCUUUGUGAUUGUUUUCAAAAGAUAAAUCGAAAGCGAAAGUUUAAUAACACAAUUAUGGAUCCAAAAAAUCCAAAUACUGGAAAAAAGAGCCAAACAUUUUGUCAUCGGCCUUAUCUGGACUCGCUACGAGGCUUUGCUUGUUUUAUCGUCAUUUUAUUUCAUUGCGAAUUACCUGCUUUUUCAAACGGAUUUCUGGGUGUGGACAUAUUUUUCGUAUUAUCUGGAUAUCUCAUUACCUCAAUCUUACUUCGCAAACUCUAUUACGAACACAGAUUAAAAUAUUGUGAGUUUUACUCCCGAAGGUUCCAAAGACUUUUCCCUGCUUCUAGUUUAACUUUGAUUUUAACAGCAAUAAUUUAUCGUUAUGUCGAAUUAAAUGAAUACGUGAACAAACAUACAAAUUCGUUCAUAGCAUCUUCAUUUUAUUAUUCCAAUUGGUACAAUCUUAGAGUCGCUUCAGAUUAUUUUACCGAUAAAGGUUCCGACCAGAGUCCUGUUGUACAUUUUUGGUCGCUCUCAAUUGAAGAACAAUUUUACCUUUUUUAUCCAGUCGUAAUCGCAAUUAUUUACAAAAUCAGCAAGAAAAAAACUUCAAUAACAAUUCUUGUUUUUGCUUCUCUUUUCGUUUUUUCAUUCUCUUUAAAUAUGAAGCUCUAUGAAAAAAGUCAUAUGAUGUCCUAUUUUUCUACCUGGGGACGCCUGUACCAACUUUUUGCAGGUGCUUUGGCAGCCUCCAUUUUAUUUCACAGGGAAAUUACGGAGACCAACUUUUGUCACUAUGAGUUCCGUAAUUCUGAAAAGUUUCGUCUUUUGAUCACCGCUAUAGAAUCAGCUAUUGGGUUUGCGAUAGUUACCAUGUUGAUUUUUAUUGCUAAGUCAACUUUCAAUGCAUUAAUUUUAGGAUUUACAGCUACAACUUUCACUUUCUUCUUGAUUCUUGUUUUUGAAGUUACCGGAGAAAAAAAUUUCACAAAAAAACUGCUUUCACAGAACACAUACUUGAAAUUUAUAGGAAAAAUAUCCUAUAGUAUGUAUCUAACGCAUGUUCCUAUCACAAAAAUUGGUGAUAUUCUUGAGGUUUUUCCCUUUCAAAAGGUACCCCGAGCUUUGUUAAUUUUGUCAAUCACUGUAGUUAUUUCUACAAUCAUCUGGCAUUCUGUUGAAAAACCAGCUAAAAACACUCUUAAGAUCAACAAAAAUAAUGAAAAACAACUAAGUGUUCUCCGAAAAACAGUGAGACUUCAAAAUGCUGAACGGGGCAAAUAG